AUUCACUCCAAUGACCAUCCCUGAGAUCCUCUUAUAAAAAAACCCAGUCUUUCCUGACCAGACAAACCAUACCAUAUCCCACCAGAGAGUCCUAGGGGACUAGACAAGGAAAAAGACAUGAGGCUGUAGGGUAUCUGUGUGUUCUCCCACUGACCACGCUUCCUUUAGGGACUCCUGACUACCUCCUCAAGUCACAGACACCAUGUUGCCUCCCAUGGCCCUGCCCAGCUUAUCUUGGAUGCUGCUUUCCUACUUCGUGCUCCUGUCUCACUUCAAGGUGCGGAACUCCAAAAGGAACUGCCCUCUGCGCGGAUCCGCUGUCCCAAAGGCUCCAAGGCCUAUGGCUCCCACUGCUAUGCCUUGUUUUUGUCACCAAAAUCCUGGAUGGAUGCAGAUCUGACCUGCCAGAAACGGCCCUCUGGAAACCUGCUGUCUGUGCUCAGUGGGGCUGAGGGAUCCUUCGUGUCCUCCCUGGUGAGGAGCAUUAGUAACAGCUACUCAUACGUCUGGAUUGGGCUCCAUGACCCCACACAGGAUUCAGAGCCUGAUGGAGAUGGAUGGGAGUGGACUGGCACUGAUGUGAUGAAUUACUUUGCAUGGGAGAAAAAUCCCUCCACCAUCUUAAACCCUGGCCACUGUGGGAGCCUGUCAAGAAGCACAGGAUUUCUGAAGUGGAAAGAUUAUAACUGUGAUGCAAAGUUACCCUAUGUCUGCAAGUUCAAGGACUAGGGCAGAUGGGAAGUCAGCAGCCUGAGCUUGGUGUGCAGCUCAUCAUGCACAUGAGACCAGUGUGAAGAUUCACCCUGGAAGAGAAUAUUCUCCCCAAACUGCCUUACCUGACCACCUGGUCGUGAUCCUCCUUCUUUUUCCUUUUUACUCACCUUCAUUUCAGGCUCCUCUCUGUCUUCCAUGUCCUGAGAUCUCAGAGAAUAAUAAUAAAAAUGUUACUUUAUACUU